UGGGUGCAUGCGAGGGUGGCGGGUGGAGCGGGGCGCGGCGCGGGGCGGCCUGCCCUCAGUGUCGCGGAGGCUGCGGCGCAUCGAGCCGCCCGCCCUGCGCCGCGCAAACUUUUUGCCAAAACACUACCUAAUCCCAUCCAAAUUACUCAUUUUAACGGCACCAACUUGCCCCAUUACAAUCUUACGUAGUCCAAACGAGCCAAUGUUUCUUAUAAAGUCACGUUUCUUAGCUCAACUUGUAAAAUAAGAAAAUGACAACAUAAUUUUCGUUUGACGAUUAUCAACCAAGUAUGUGAAUUGUUUUUCAACUUCUUAUGAAUGGCUAAAACGUGACUGAGAAAGCUUCUGUAUGGAUUCUUACGAUUAACACAGCAUUGAGAGAAGAACCACUAGAGAAUAAUCUACUUGUGCCAAAUUUACAAAAGCCAAAUAAAAAGUUCUUAACAUCAUGGAUGGUCGAAGACGCAAUUAUCUUGUACAAACACAUAUGGCACCCAGUGCAUUGGCUGCGCUGUUUAUAAUAUCUUUAGCGGGAGUGUCUUUAUGUAAAUCAACUGUUAAACCGACAGAAAACGUUACGUUGCCUAGCACGUUGCUUAUUAGCACGUCGCCUAGUACGUUGCAUACCACGUCAGCUAGCACGACGCCUAGCACGUUGCCUAGCACGUUUCCUAGCACUCAGCCCCCUCAGACAACUGUAUAUAUUCCACCGACAAACACUACUUUGAAGCCAUUAGAGCCGGAUGAAGCAAGUACUACUGCAUCUCCAACUACAAAGGCGAACCGUAAAACAACAAAAGCGAAUCGUGCCGGGCGAACCACGACUAGCUAUUCAACGACUCAAGUAUACGUGAGCACAAAAGCCGUAGUAAAAAGUGCAAGGAAGCCGAAGUUAAACACUGGUUCAAGUGUAGGGGGGAUGCAUUCCACAGGCCGGCUGCAGGAGCGCCUAGGGGCCAUAGAUUGCGAUCUGCCCGUGCUGCCGCGGGAGUCGCGGCUUUGGCGCGGCAACGAGACGCAUGAACUCAAUCUACCGGUCAAGGUGGCAGAGGAUUGCGCAGGCGGAGAGGACUGUCCUCCGGUCGUCGUGUCUUGGGAGGGCUCGGCCGACAUCCAGAGCGGAGACAUCCUGAUCGUGCGCAUCGCCGACUCGUCGCUGCUCGACACUUUCGCCAACCCUGACGCUAAGAACAGUAGCCAUGAUGCGAACGCUACGCAAGCAGAUGGACAGAGGGUACACCGCACGCUGCAAUCGCCGGCCGUGUACCAGGUGACGCGACAGGGGCACGUGCACUGCGACGUGUCUGAAGGCAUGCUGCUCGACAUCACCCCGCUGGACGAGAACGGCGCCAAACUUAUCACGCUCUACGACAAGGAUCUCACCGAGGGCGUCAACUUGCUCAUAGUUGUAUCCGAGAACUGGGGGUCACAGUGCGUCCGCCUCAAAGUUACUGUCAAGUCGGAUAACUGUGGAGAGUCUCAAGACUGCUCCGGGAAGGGCGUGUGCUACACCAACGUAUCUAUGGAAGGCUACGAGUGCCAGUGCUGCGCCGGCCAGCUCGGCCCGCACUGCGAGGAGCGCGACGUCUGCAAUCCAUCACCCUGCCUGAAUAAUGGCAUAUGUGUCGACCUCACGCAGCCUCUCAACGGGGCGAACUACCACUGCCUUUGUCCCUACGGUUUUACAGGUAGGAAGUGUGAAAAGGAUCCGUGCUACUCGGAGCCUUGUCUGAACGGAGGGUCGUGCAUGAGCCUGGCUAUGAACGGGUCGACGACGUUCCACUGCGCUUGCGCGGACGGCUGGACGGGUGCGCAUUGCGAGCUGCCCACGGUGGGCGGCGCCUGCGCUGACAAGCCCUGUGUCAACGGCAUCUGCAUAGAGCAGACAGACAUUGACGCUGAGGGCCACGAGUACCGAUGUUUCUGCUUGCCAGGGUACACGGGUGAGCACUGUGAGAUGGAAUACAACGAGUGCGAGUCAUCGCCGUGCGCGAACGGCGGUACCUGCACCGACCGUAUCGGCGGCUUCGCAUGUGCCUGCGGCCGCGGCUUCACCGGCAACACGUGUCAGCUCAAGGUUGAUUUGUGCUCACCAAACCCGUGCUCUGCGCAGCGCUUCUGUGUGGACCGCGGCAACAGCUAUACCUGCGAGUGCCCCCACGGCUACGUCGGUGACGAGUGCCACCUGCCAGUCAAAUCGGCGUGCGACAAUAAUCCGUGCGCGCACGGAGGCACCUGCUGGAGCGGCAUCGACUCCUUCUACUGCUCCUGCCGGCCGGGAUACACCGGCAAGCUAUGUGAAGAGGACUUCAUCCUGGAGUCAGUGGUCCGCGGCGAGGUGAUCAGCUCGGAGUCCCGCAGCGACGGCGGCGGCGCGGUGCGCGAGGUGCGCAUGCCGCUCGGCCUCUACCACGACCGCCUGCACAACGUGUACAUCGCCGCCGGCACGCUCGGCGCCGCCAUCGCCAUUGUGGGCGUCGUGGUGACGGCAUGCCACUGCCGCGUGAACAAGACGUACUCGCGGCUGCUGUCGCGGCUGGCGCGCGCGCCGGCGCCGGCGCCGCACUGGCUGCACGACAAGCGCGCGCCCGCGCACGCGCCGCCCGCGCAUGCGCCGCCCGCGCUCGACACCACCGACAUGUACUACACGCUCGACUUCAGCGACAGCCAGAGCUCCCCGCUCAUACAAUAGCAAUCACUCAUGAACUGCUCCGAUGGGGAACGGUUCAAGAUACAAAUUUAAACCGCACAACUUGCAUUGUACGAGAUGGGGUCCCUUUGUUUCCCAUAAAGUUUUAAGUCAUAAUGUAUUGUUUGACAUAUUAUCGUUAGUCAUAAAACUGAAACCGUUAACUUUUCAGGAUUUUCCUAAGGUUAUGCUAUAGAUAGGUGAGGUUAGGUUAGGUUUGUUUUGUGGCAAUCCUGAAAAGUUACGCGUCUCUGAGAAAAACCAAUUAUGACUAACGAAAAUUCGGACAAACGAUACAUUAUGGCUUAAAACUAUUUGGGAAACAAUAGAGACCCGUACGAGAUAUUUGGGGGUAUUCAGAAAAACGUUUACCAUUUUUUUUUCAAACAAAUUUUGAGUUAUUUCUUCUCAGAACUUCGACUAUAUUGACUAUUUUUUUGUCUUAAAUGUAGUUUAUGAUACAAGCUUUUAUCGCUGACUGUACUUUUUUAAACGGGAAACGGAGACAAUUCUAACAAACCCAAACACACUUAGGGUAAGGUUGCGUUGUUUUAUCACAGAGUUCCUAAUAUGGUCAUCUCCUGUGUCCAUAUUCAUAUGCCUCGGUGGUACCAUAAUAUUGCAUUGUGACUUCAACUUACAUUUGACCCGAAUAUACAAACAUUCUUCGCUAUAGUUCAAUAAAAGCUUAUAUAAAAAUAAAAAGUAGCCCUCUGCUUCUCACACAAAAUGUAUGACUUUUAUGAAUCAGUGCUGACGGCUUAUGUAAGUUUGACAAAAAAAUAAUGGUAUGUACAAUUUCUUUCAUAAUUUGUAUUUUUAAUCAGAACUCAACCAUCAACUUCAAGCGGGAUUAAUAAACGGAAUAUUAUUGUCAGUCGUUACUUAUUGCCAAAUAUAGGUAACUUACAACAACGGGUAGACUUAAGGAAACCGGCAUAAAUGGAUUAUUGACUGAAUGUAUAGUAAAAGCACCAUGAUUGGUGCCAGGUAAACAUUUACCUAGAGAAAAUUUGGAGUAUUUUUGAUACUUCACAGACACUUUAAAAUGUCUACCUGGUCUUUCAUAUUUUCAACGUGGUUAAUGAGAGAUAUUGCAAUUGGUUUCAACAUAAUUAACAAAUUGAAACUUUGUUGUUAUCUCCAGUCAUGGGCAGUGUGGUGCCAUUUAUUUUAAACGAAGCAGAAAAUGUAAAGUCAAACUUAAGCAACUCUAUGUCUCUUGUUAAAUAACAAAAUGUUGCCAGUUGUUAAAAACUGGUGUUAAAUACGUAUUUACAGGGUUUGUGCUAUACGAUGUGCUCAUUUUGAUGAUUUGUCCAUCAUAGGGGUUUUUACUAUACCUAUCUAUUGCCCAAUUAUAGAUGGAUAGGAUAUCGGUUUAUUUCAUUCCAUUUGUGCCUGCUUUCGAAAAAACUUUUCAAUCUAGUUUAUUCCGUUUUGCUUAGCGUUUUACUACCUCUUAAUUACCUAUACACAAUGGAUGUUAGAAGCGAGUGAUUCAAAACUUAAAUGCGUAUUAGGUAGGUAUUCUGCUUUCCGCUACGUGAGUGUAUCGGCAAUGUGCAAUAUGUGCAUAUAUAUGUAGAUAAAAAUUCCCAGUACGACCAUUGCCCAAUAUGUAUACGGCAUGACGCAGACGUUGUGUCACAUUGCUAGGUACGAAUAUGUUUCACAGAUUACGCACCCAAAAAGACCUUUACGAGCUACGACGUAGCACUUGUAGUAAACUUGGGCACUGAAAGAGUUAAUAUUAAGAUCAGUCCUUCGACAGGCAAUUUCUGCUAUUAUACGGCCGGAGCCCCACUGCUGCUGCGCACGCUAUGUACACGACCCACGUUCCUAUACAAAAUUUCGUGGGCUUGCCCACGGUUUGUAUUAAAACGCGGGCCGUGGAUGUAGCGUGCGCAGCAGUGGGGCUCCGGCCUACUUGUGGAGUGCACAACGUCGCACAGUACCUAAGCUAUAGAAAAGUGAUAAUUGUAACCCGCCCUAUUAUAUAACCUACUUGUAUAAUAUUAGGUAAAUAUACAUAGACCUCCAUACAAAUACCAUUGUGAUUGCUAGAGCUGAAAUAAUUAAUAAGUACGUAAUGUACGUAGGCUUAGUGAUCUCUAUUUUGCAUAUUAUUGUGAAUACAUAUUGUUGAGGUGAAACGUUUAGUGUAAAGAGAUGUUAACGUUGGUGGCGGUUAGAUAGAUCUAUAAUAAUAAUAAGAUUUCUGUGGAGAGAAUGCAUUUGCUAAUAUAUACCAUUUGAUGUCAUUUUCUAAAAGAAAUAAUCCUUAAUGGUGUUAUCUACUUAAAUUUAUUUUAUCCGUUAAAUAUAUUCGGUGGGUUAACAGGCAUAAACUCAUAAAACCCUUAUAAAUUAACCCACUAACAAUUCCAUAUCUCCAUUUAGGGUCCCAAUAUGUGUAUUUAUAAUAAAUGAUUCUCCUAUAAACUAACCCCCCAGGGAUCCGUAAUUACUAAUUAUUGAUAGUCGGAAAACAUAUUUAUGCUACCCAUUUAUUUGUUGUUAAAAAUAUUAGUAGGUAGUUAUAGUGAGGUAGGUAAUUAUUAUUAGUUACCUAUAUGUUUAUAUUUUUAGUCGUUUCCUUUUUAAUUACGAGGUAAUUAAUGUGAAUCAUAAGUCAAGAAUAACUAGUCUAGUUAAACAAGAGUUAAAAAGUAGCCAAAUUGUAUAUUGGUAUGUAAUAUAUUAUUUACAUGAGCCAAGGUAGUCAUUAAAUGAGCUAAAUAAAUCCUGAAAGCUUCUGAAGUCGGAACAAAUGUCUAAAUCGGAUAAACUUGUUUGUCUUACAACUUACUCGCAUGAAAACAAAUCAGUAACGUAAUCAGUGACAAUUAUUAAAUCCGACAGUUGAAUGGGGAAAAACAACAGUUCACGAGCUGUGUGGCCUGUGUGUAGCAUUACUCUUUUACAAAAAAAUAUGACAAUUACUCGUUAAAAGUCAUGAUACCUAUCUACUAAUAAGGUUGAGUGAAGUUGCUGUUGUCCCUAAAAGUUUGCCGAUCCCUGGGUCUAAGGACAACACGUAUCUAUCUAAUGGUAAUUUUAUUAAGCUCAUUAUACGCACCGCAUAAUUGUCAAGCCCGUGAGUCUUUGAUUUGUCAAUAUCUUCAUAGAGUUAGUUUUCCCCACUAAGUGCCUAUUAGGUUUGUCAAAAAUGCUUAUCGUAAAACCUAGUUUAUACAAGUACCUAAUAGCUUUUCUCCGAUCCGUCUCUAGUAGGGAAUGCAAAUCGGUUAUUUUUUGUAUGGUAAUAACCGCGGUUUCGGUUAAUAACCGAUUAUUUCCAUACAAAAAAUAACCGAAAAUAACCGAUUUGCAUUUCCUAAUCUCUAGAUAGUUUUAAAUAAAGCCGCGUUAUAAAAUUAGUGAGUAAUAAACCGACAUCGUACAUUGUAUAGCAAUUACGGUGCAACAUAGUUGAAUUAAAGGAAUUGCUAAAAACAAUUUCUAAAGAGAUAAUUAAGGUUCGUAUUAUUUAUAUGUGACUUCCCACGGGUACAGGUACCUUAUGGCGGUAUUAUUAAUACAUAGCUCCAAUAUUAUUGCGGCGCUAUGCGACGUAAGCGCCAGCCGCCAUAAGGUACCUUUUUCCGUGGAACGUCACAUAUUAACUCUAUUUUUAUUUAUCAUUUUAGCUAGAUUGGGUAUAUAUAAAUCACUAAAAUGCAACAAUACUGCACAGAAGUUUUUACAAAACUAAUGAUGUUUCGGUAAUAAAUGUGACGUCCCACGGUCAAAGGUACCUUAUGGCGGGUAUGGAGUUAUGCAUACCCCAGUAAUCUACAAUAAAUAAGCUAUCGAUAACACAAAAGAUCAACCUCCUAAGUUGCGUAGUUACAGAGAUAUGAUUUUUUGAAAAUAAUGUUGUGAAAUGAGCAACUUUACGAUAGAGAAGUUUUAAGUUUAGCCUUCUAAAAAACUAUGUUCCUGAAGUAAGUUACAUAGUUGACUACAAAUAAUAAUACCUUAUAUAUCUGAGAUUAAAAAAAUGUUGCGACUUGUUCUGUAAUGCAAAUAGAAACCUUUGAUAUCGACUGAUUUAUGUGUAUACUAACCAGUCUCUUGAAAAUAAAGUUUUAUUUCAUUUUCACGAUUGAUUGCAAUGAACUCUCAAGAUUUAAAUUUUAUCUAUUAGAAAACGACACUGAGAGACAGUUUAAGCAAAAAACAAUACCGAUUUAGAGGUGAAAAUGUAUUUUCUGACUUUUUCAUAUAAAAUCAGAAAAUUGAAUAUUUUUACUUUUAAUCUAACACACAAUCAAUUUUUCUGAGCACAUAUGAAAUAAAUUCUGUCUUUCAAAUGAAAUAAAUCCUAAAACCCCAACUAAAUACUAUAUUUAACCCCUUAUGCCACUUUAAACUUACAUAACAAUAACAGUAUUUGCUCCAUACAUUUACGAAAAGGUACCUUAUGGAAAUAAAUCUAAUAAUACAUCACUACAAAACAUCAAUCACAUUGAAGCUUUUAUCUUUUAUGAAUAGAAAAUAUUAAUUUACAUUAAACUGCCACAAAUUUAAUUGGUUCUUCGUCAUAAUAAUCUUAAAAAAGACCAAUAAUUUGUAUGUAAUGAAAAGGUACCUUGUGGUUAAGUUACAUGAUGAGGCAUGAUGAUGAUGGAAAAGUUAGGAUAAACUAAUAAUAUUUUGGGGUAAAGAUGUUAUAAAUCGUCUAUUUCUUAUCAAUAAUAUAUUUUGGUUGCCAUUGAAGACAAGCGGCAUUGAGGUUCAAUGACCUUAGAUAUUCAUAAGGUAAUGCGUCGGGUAUUGGCAUUUUUCAGCAAACCAAUGGCUGAUUUAUUGCAUGCGACCAAACCAAAUGAAGAUUAUUCUAGUUAAGAAAGACUUGACGAGAGUAACUUUAGUAUAAUAGCAGGCUACUUGGAUUUAUAAUGUCGGUCGAUGUACGGUUAUAAUAUUUGCUAGGCGCCCCAACCAGAACUGAAAUUAUCAAAUUAGUUUUGCAGAAUGCUAAACGAAGUUUAAUGUUUUUACGAAGUGCAGAAUGCUCUACCAAACUUCUUUUCCCGUAUUGACUAGUUUUUUUGGAAAUUUUCAACCUUAUUUCCAUAAGGUACCUUUUUACUAAACUCUGAGACGACGUUACUAGGCUUAUAACUAACUUAUAACAAAAAUAAAAACAGGUAAACAAACGUUACGCAUUAAGGUUUGAGAUCACACAAUAAAAAAAAAUUGAGCAUUUUUUCACCUCUUUACAAAACAUUUCAUAACUCCGAAACUAGAAACCCUCAUAAGGUACCUUUUCCCGUGGAACGUCACAAAUAGUUGAACAUGUAUAUAAGUAUAUGACUGAUCUUCAUAUUAGAUAUUUUCCGACUAUCUUCAGCUUUCUUUUGAUGUUCUGGUUCAAAAGUACGUACGGUCGUUAUCGAAUAUCUACGAUACUAACGUAUGGAAUUUAAUAGUGCCGCCAGUCAUAUUGUCAUUAAAUGUUGAAAUAAAAUCUAAGUCAAAAUGUUUUCUGUGCGUUAAAAUCGUAGGUAGGUACUUUUGCAACCCACUUUACCUAAACCCAUUAUGUUAAAUUCUGCAGUAGUUUAUAUAAGGACCUAAUUUAUAAUUAAUGAAAUAAGUAGACAGCAUACUUAGAUACCUAUUCGCAUUGAACAGUAAUUAAACUUAAGUUAAAAUCAAUUUGUCCUCUUAGCUACAAAACAAAAUAACCAAUUUGCAAGACCCCAUAUAAGAGCACCGUGAACAAAGUUUUGUGCGGUGCUCUAAAAAAAAUAAAGACAGUGAACAAAAUAGAGUUACCUACCUACUUAUGCUAAGUUAUAGUAUACCUACUUAGGGAACGUUCUUAAUCAAUCUCUAAAUUGUACUAGAUCUUCGUCUCAAUGCUUUCGUGAUCUAUGUAAUACUUAAGUACCAUGUGCUUUGUGUGAAAAAUUCUGAUAUUUACCUACCUACUUAUUGUUAACUUUAAGGCUCCAUUAAAUGUUGAUGGUUCCAAUA